UUAGGUGAGGCUUCCAACUAUGAUUUGUAUUUCCCACAGAAAACCCUGACUAGUUAUGUCCACCAGAGCUGGUUUGCGAACCUCAGCAUGUUCACCCUUUGCUUUUGGAUGAAGACUGACGAUUUAAGCGAGGGCACAACAUUUAGUUACGCUGUGCGAAAACCGUGUUGUAAUGAAAUUACGCUUUUCAAAAGGCAUUUGGCAAUUCAAAACCAAGAUAGGUAUGCAUCCCUGGUUGUUGUAAUUUUAUUAAUUCGUAAUACUUCUCAAUUUCCUUGUUGGUGAUUUUUUUUUUCUUUUAACCCCUCCCCCCCCCUCUCCAGCCCCACCCAAAUUAUAGGCCCAUCUACUCUGGUUAUAAGCCUUCCAGAAUAUAGGCCCCUCUCUACAGCAAGUUUUGAAAUGAAUUCGACUUUUUAGGCUUAGAAAACUUUUUUUAAAAAGUAUGUUGAUCAGAUCUGCUAUAUAACUUGUUUGAAACAGUUUUCAUCCCUCCAGCGCCCCCCUCCCCUCCCCCCAAAUAUAAGCCCCCCUUUUAUAAGCCCUUUUAAAACACCUUACUGGUUUUUGUAUAGGCCUAGAGCUGAUAAUCGGAAGUUUACGGUUCCUGAUUUCUUACUUUUGGCCUUAAGCAAUCAAGGACUUGUGUUAGACAGAAUAUUGUGGGUAGGGACGGGAAAAAAUAGCCAAAGAGGGAGGGAGGGUGGGGAGGGGGGGGGUAGAAAGAAAUUUGCGAAAUUCUGUCUACAGCCACUUCUGCAUAAAUCCCUAACCACAAAACUAAACAAAAAAACACAUCCCCCCCAUAUUAAAGCCCCCUUUUUAACACCCUUUUAAAAACACCUUACUGUUUUUUUUAUGGGCUGAGGGUUUAUAAGCGAAAUUUUCUGGUUCGUUUUUUUUUUUUUUGGGCUUAAAGAAAAAGGGGAUUUUUGUGGGAAAAAUUUUGGGGGGGGGGGGGGGGAAAAAAUAGCAAAAGGGGGGGGGGGGGGGGGGGGGGGGGGGGGGUAGAAAGAAAUUUGCGAAAUUCUGUCUACAGCCACUUCUGCAUAAAUCCCUAACCACAAAACUAAACAAAAAAACACAUAAGCAAACAACACAGUAAACAAGCUAAGAAAGGGGAAGUUGAGAGAAACUGCAAAAUGUUUGCUAACCCGGUUUUCAUAAAUCCAGGUGGAUUUUAAUCUGUACCAAUAACAAAAAAGAGAGGUCUUUAUGUCCAUACAAAGAGGGUAUCGGCAAAGUUCUGAUCUUCAAGCUACAAAUACACGAUCAGAAUGAAUAAAUAAGUGAAUGAAUAGAUAAAUAAUACAAUAAACAAAUCAAAGAACGAAUAAAUGAAUGGAUAAAUGAAUGAAUAAAUGAACGAACCAAGAGAUGGCAUAAUGAAUAGGCGAUUAAAUGCAUAUACACACAUGCACAUGUACAGUGGGUUAUCCUUGACAUUCGUGGUGAUAAUAACAAUUUGACAGUAUGGAAUCCCUAAUUUAGAAAUGUCUUGCUUGGUUUGUUCAUAUUUUGCUCUUCUUAACAUUUCUUUUCUUUCCAUAUCAGGGCAAUUCUUCUAGGCAAAUAUUAUGACGGACAUCAGCACCAUGUUUGUAUUACCUGGGAAAAUACGGCUGGAUCCUGGAAUUUGAUCGUGGACGGUCACGUGAUUAACAACGGAAGCAGAUUUCGUGUUGGGCACGUAAUUCCUGGUGGAGGAUAUCUAGUAAUUGGUCAAGACCAAGACAAAUUUAGAGACCCUAGUGGGUUUGUCUUGUCACAAAGCUUUGUGGGAAGCAUCAGUGGGCUCAAUAUGUGGAGCCACGUACUGCCUCGCAAUGAAAUACUGCGCAUGGGCAAGGCCUGUAACACAGGAACCGGAGAUAUACUCAGAUGGUCCGAUUUUUUUAACUCCAGGCAUGGAGAUGUAGUCGUCAGGUGCCCUUCUAAGUGCAUAGUUUAA